AUGCGGGCAAUUCGUGCUGUCGCCAAGUCGCUCCUUGGCGGGCGACGUGGCGAUGAUACCGUCGAUGACAGUCUCUACAAUGAUUCGGUGAUUCACAACACCGACCGGACCGUUCACUCGUUUCGGGUUUAUCUUUAUAAUGGCCGAAAAAAGAAUGAGAUGGUUCACGCUUGGUUGCGAGUUUCCAGUACUACUAUUACUUUAGAACUUGGAAAGAAUGAGAAUCUCGUGUGGCCUCUUCCAUUAAUUCGAAGAUAUGGGUACACAUCUGCCGGCAUAUUUUUCUUUGAGAGUGGAAGACGUUGUGAAUCAGGUGAAGGUACCUUCACUUUUCAAAGCAAGAAAGCAGAUGAGAUUUUCCAGGUUAUUCAACUUUUAAUAGAAGAAUAUGCGAACACGUCAAUCGAAAAGAAGCAAGCUGAGAACGCGUUUCGAUAUCAACGACAACAGUCUGUUCCGGUGAGCUCAAGAAGACUUUCGUCGGCCAGUAAUUCUUCAUUGUUCGGAACGAAAAAUUCGCCCUUGCAUCAUCCCAGAGAUCGUAACUCCAACAGCUCGCUUGUCUCGGGAUUCUCGAUCAGGACGAAUGGAUCUCAUACAGUCAGACCGAUGCCGACGUCAGUUCAGCGAUUUCGCAGUGAAGGUAUGGGCUCAGAUGUCUUGACGUUGAACUCGGCGAACACAUCGUUGAACGACAGUAUCGGAUAUCAUUCGUAUCAUCGGGCCUCGUAUGAUUCACGAACACGGACACUCAAUGGUUUCCCGCAUCAAAGGCCAAGAAGUGUUACGGAUACUAGUGAUUUUGAAGACAGUUCGUUUAACAUUCCCCAUCCACGUGACAGUUUUCACGCAAUGCGGAAUUCGUCGAUUCUCGGCAAUAUUGUAACUGAGCGACGAAAUCCUACUACAUUUUCCUCAGCUUCCGACAUUUCGAAUGGUGUACUUCCACCAUAUAUAAAUGUAUCGACGAAAGAGGUCCCGAAUAGUGUAUCGAGCGGCAAUCACGUAUACUAUAGUGCAAAUAGUUCGAUGACUGCGGCGACUGCUUCUGAAGUGUCGGCUGCCCUUAAUAGUAUGAGCUCAGCAGUCGGCGCAGGCACGCCACCAAGUCAGAAACGCGACGUUUUAACGAGAAAUUCGCCACCAAAAAAUGUAAAUAGAACUCGAAGCUCCCCUCCUUCUCCACCACCACCGCCACCACCACCAACACGACAGCACAAGAUGUUCGCCGUUGUUUCGACGAGUCCGUCGAAAUCAGUUGGUUCCGAAAAAGCGAAAAACGCGUUUAUGACUUGUGAUCCGCGAGUACCCUCCGUUGUCGAUGAUCCGAGACUCGCUGCGGUCAACGUCAAAAAGGACGGAAACUAUGUCAAUCUGGAAGACAUUGAAGAAAAUCAAAUUCUGCGCGGUGUCGAUCAUGAAACGCUCACUUCGCUGCAUAACACAUGCGCGAUGACCGCUGCUGCAUCCGAUACACAAUCGCGACGGUCGCUGUCGGGAAGGUCACAAACGUCGUCGCCGGUUGUCAGGAACUAUGCUCAAGUGGUACCGGUGCUUUCGGAAGGUGAAGACGGUCGAACAAGCAGAUGCUCCUCGGUCGGCAGAUUCUUCGACGUCAACUACGCGCAGCUCGACGUCGAUCGCACGAACGCGCUUCAAGGAACGCUGCGGAAGGCGAGCUCAGAAAAAUAA